CCUUUGCCUCUUUUUCUCCCUUUAUAUUUGUUGAGAGGCUUGACGUCCAAUUUUUAAUUAGUUUUUUCCUUCUGUCUAAUUUAUCUUUACAUUCAAAAUGCGUGGACAAAUUUUCUUCUCCUACGCGCUGGUCGCUUUUGCUACUACGGCAUACUCUUCUCCACUUGUUGCACGAACAGAUGAGGUGGAGGCAAGAUCGCCAUACGUUGUGGAUGGGAAGGCCUUCAAUGGAGGGAUUGUGGAUGUCGGAAAGGAAUUCGUAGAGCGUCGAAAGUACAUUGUCGCCAGAGCUGGAACAGGCACGGUCUCCAAGGCAUCAGCAACUUCUAAGCCUGGCGUAGCCAAAUCCACUGGAGCUGCAGCACCCAAGGCAACUUCCAAGUCUGGCGCGGCGAAAGCCACGGGAGCGACGCCUCCUAAGGCGACAUCGAAGCCAGGUGCAGCCAAGGCCACCGGAGCUACCGCAUCGAAGGCAUCUGUAUCAAAGGCAGGAGCAACGACGAAGCCUGCUGCCGCGAAGGCAACCACACCUGCUGAUCUACCUGGAUGUCCUGCAGUGGGUGGGGCUAAAGCUUCUGCUUCCAAAUCUGGUGCAGCAAAAGCAACCGGUGCCGCUAGAAGGGCAGACAAACCGCUUGGCUGCGAUCCUACCAAGCUACAAGCAAAGUGAGCAGACACUACUGCUGCUGCUGAUCCUAUUUCUGUUCUCUUGAAUGGACUUCUUGGCGGUGGAGCAGCAGGUACCUCGCCGUCUGGUGCCGCAGGAGGUGGAGAUCUGUUGGCCGGCAUCGUCAACGCAGGCUUGAUUCCAAGGGAUGUCGAGGCAUAGAAUCUUUCUGUAAUUAUUUCUCGUUGACAAGUUUUUAACUCGAAUUAUUUGCUUUGAGCUGCAAAAGACACACGAGCCCACUUAAAU